GUGGCGCCCGCACGCCCUGCGCUCCACCACAGGCCGCCUGGGUGCCCGGGACGCGGAGGCGGCCAAGGAGGCAGGGCUCGCGCGCUCGGGCUCGCGCGCCCGAGCGGAGGUUGCCGUCUGUCGCGCAGGCCGCGCUCCCUCGGCUCCCGGGGGCGAUGAGGCGCUGAGGCGGCAGCCGGCGCUGCGGUGCCGGACCCGAAGACGAGGAAGCGUCCGGGCCCACAGUGGGGAGCCGGCCUCCUUCAGGCGAGGGGCGGCGAGUGCAUGGCGCAGUGACGGGCCCUGCCACUCCGCCCGCUCCCCGGUCCCGGGCGAGGCCGUCCGGCCGCCACCCCUCCUGCUCGGCCGCCGCCGCCGCCAUGGCCAAUGACAGCGGCGGGCCCGGCGGGAUGAGCCAGAGCGAGCGAGACCGGCAGUACUGCGAGCUGUGCGGGAAGAUGGAGAACCUGCUGCGCUGCGGCCGCUGCCGCAGCUCCUUCUACUGCAGCAAGGAGCACCAGCGCCAGGACUGGAAGAAGCACAAGCUCGUGUGCCAGAGCGGCGAGGGCGCCCCCGGCCACGGGGCGGGACCGCACCCGCACGCCGGCCCCUCGCCGGCCUCCACGGUGCAGCCGCCCAGGGCCGUCGGGGCCAAGGAGGCCCGGAAGGCGACGCCGCGCCGGGACAGCGCCGCCGCCGGGGACGCAGCCAAGCCAAAGGCCAAGCCCGCGGCGGCCGCGUCCCCGCCUCGCGCGGCGCCGGGUGGCCGGGGCCCGGCGGCGGCGGCCGAGGCAGAGCCCGCGAAGGAGGAAGCGCUGGGCCGCUCGUCGCUGUUCCAGGAGAAGGCGAACCUGUACCCUCCGAGCAUCGCGCCGGGAGAGGGGCUGAGCCACAGCGGUGGCCUGCGGCCCAACGGGCAGACGAAGCCGCUGCCGGCGCUGAAGCUGGCGCUGGAGUACAUCGUGCCGUGCAUGAACAAGCACGGCAUCUGCGUGGUGGACGACUUCCUGGGCAAGGAGACCGGGCAGCAGAUCGGUGAGGAGGUGCGCGCCCUGCACGACACCGGCAAGUUCACGGACGGCCAGCUGGUCAGCCAGAAGAGCGACUCGUCCAAGGACAUCCGAGGCGAUCAGAUCACCUGGAUCGAGGGCAAGGAGCCCGGCUGCGAAACCAUUGGGCUGCUCAUGAGCAGCAUGGACGACCUGAUCCGCCACUGUAACGGGAAGCUGGGCAACUACAAAAUCAAUGGCCGGACGAAAGCCAUGGUUGCUUGUUACCCAGGCAAUGGAACGGGAUACGUACGUCAUGUUGAUAAUCCGAAUGGAGAUGGAAGAUGUGUGACGUGUAUAUAUUAUCUUAACAAGGACUGGGACGCCAAGGUAAGUGGAGGUAUACUUCGAAUUUUCCCAGAAGGCAAAGCCCAGUUCGCUGACAUUGAACCUAAAUUUGAUAGACUGCUGUUUUUCUGGUCUGACCGUCGCAACCCUCAUGAAGUACAACCAGCAUAUGCUACAAGGUACGCAAUAACUGUUUGGUAUUUUGAUGCAGAUGAGAGAGCACGAGCUAAAGUAAAAUAUCAAACAGGUGAGAAAGGUGUGAGGGUUGAACUAAAUAAGCCUUCUGAUUCAGUCAGUAAAGACGUCUUAUAGAGACACUUGGAUGCAGCAACACCCACUUCACCUGCAACAAGUGUUGACGCUGUUUGUUAACUUGUGACUGCACAUAAACGGGAUAAAGAGAAAUAGACAACCAUUUGGCAUUUUCAUAAGGAAACAGAAACAACGUUUUUGUGUUGCAUCGGAAAGAAGACUUGACUGUGUGGCUUUGUACUUGCAUGAGUGACUCCGAACCUGUGAUUGCUGUGGGAAGAAUAUAAGCUGUCAGCUGAACACGGUAUUUACACCUGGACAUGAACUAAGUGCCCGGCAGAGUGGUUUCAUUCUCACAUUUGGCCAGACCUGUCAUCUAGCUGAGUUCGUUUCAUCUCUCCCUUUUUUAUAUAGUCAAGUUUGAAUUUGAAGUAAUUUUUGUAUGAUCAGGUACAAUCUAUCAAAACUUAAUUGAGAAAAAAAUUACAGUAUUACUCCCCAAAGUAGCAUCAAUCUAUUUUUGUAAACCUCUUCGUACUAUUAAAUUUUGCCCUAAAAGACCACUUAUACUGAUUGUUGCCAGUGACUGAUGAUUACUUUAAUUUUCUUUUCACCCGAAAGAAGGAGCACUUUAAUUACCAGCUGAAAAACCGGAUUGUUCUGUAGUCUUGUCUUACACUAAUUCGAACUCUUAAAAAUUGCUGCUGUUGUUUUUUUUGGCAUUGUUAAUAAUGAAACAUAACAGUAAAACGAUCACCACUUACUACCAGUAACUCUUAGUUUCGAAUGUUUUGUAAGAAAAAAUACACAGUAAGAAAAAUAGAAUUUUAUAUUUUAAGUUAAAUUCAAAAUAAAAAGCCUACAGUGACUGGCACUAGAUGAACUUGAGGUUAUCUUCAGCAUCAGGUUCCUGCGAUAAAGGGCUUCCUUAAGCUUUCCGGCGCGUCCUACAGUUGUAGAAGGCUGCGCCCCCGUUCCCGAGACUUGCCCUGGCUUCCCAGCGGCGGGUUGCGCGUCCAGCGCUGCUGUUCUGUUUCCUGCUCCCGCGACCCCUCCGAUCCGCAGGUCAGCACCUUGCUCCCCGUGGGCAGCAUCAAGGGGAGACCAGGCGCAUCAAGACGGACCCGUGCGACCACCGACUCAAUCUGGUGACUCCCCAGGCCGCUGCUGAGGCGUUCUGCACACGCGAUACCGGCCUCUCUAUCACUACGCAGAGGUGCAUGUUUAGCUGGGAAAAACAAAUGAAGCGAAAGCAAGAUAAUUUAAUUUUUACGUUCUGUGAGUUUUCUUUUUUACUUUUCAGAAAAAAAAAGGGAAUGUUACAAAAUGACACAAGGCCCCCCCAGGCUCGGUUACUUACUGCCCGAGUCGGGACGGAGGUCACAGACGUCAGUGUCCUCGGCAGAGCGCGCAGGGCGGCGCCCGUGUUCCGCGGGCGUUCUGGGGGGGAUGCCCACCGCCGCUCGCUGUCUCUGUCCUUGAUCUUCUUUGCCAAAAUAAUGUGAGUGUACAGAAAUGCUUCUGUAUAUUUCAACUACGGCAGUUUUAGCAUUUGUAUAGUUUGUAUGCAAUUAGAGACCUUUUCUAUGGAAAGCUCAGUAAUUUUUAUUAAAAGAUUGAUAUUGUUCAUGUAAAACAUGAAAAAAAUUGUUGAGUGAAACUGACAGUGUGGACCGAGGGUGGGGUUAGCCUUCAGUAUUGCAAUCUCGCUUAGCAGAACUUGCAGGAGGAAACGAGAGGUGAUGUCGUUUUUUCCUUGCCCGUGUUGACUUUUGUUCCCCGUCCUCUCCCCGUCCCAGACAGUCCAGCCCAGCAUCCACACAGUAAGUGCCUCCGCCCGCUGCCUGGGAGCGUGAGCUCUCUGCCGCCUGGCCCACGGUGCCGUGCGCUGUCAUUUUGAAACCGGGCACAAGUGGUACCGUGUGGACGGGAGGUUUGUCUGGGCACCGAGGUGCAUAGCAGCAACCGGUUCAGCUGGGGGCCCCCGUGUCGUUCAGAUGUCCGUUCCGCUGUGUGGGCCGUGCUGCCGGACGGGUCCUGCAGUCUGUGUUUCUCUAGUUUUGGAAGGGUUUGUGUAAUCUCUUGGAGAUCGUUGUGAAAGGGUCAAGAAGUCAGGAUAGCCGUUUCUUUAAUAUCCAUUUAAAAUCUGUUCAUUUCAUGUUUGUGGGACCGUUAACGUGCCACCAAGCAGGACUCUCAUUUAAAACAAAAUUUAAAAUUAUUUGUGGCCUAUAUGUGUUUAAUCCUGGUUAAAGAUAAAGCUUCUAAUGCUGUUUUUAUUCAACACAUUAACCAGCUGUAAAACACGGACGGACCUUUUAUAAA